AUGUCCCAAAAGACCAGCGACGAUUCCCAUUCGACGAGAGAUUCCCGUUUGACGCUGGCCCGUCUGCGCGGCCCGGGUGGGGACAUGGACCUUGGAACCAAUGAGAGGUUGUCGCGGCCCUGGUUGGGAGCGCGGCAAAAGAAAGCAAACCUGACCUUGGGAAAUACGGAUCAAGAAGGACAAAGGCGGACUGAAAGAAAAAGACAGAACUACACGGCCGCGACCUCGAAUCCUCGAGUCCUGAGCAGCGAGCAGCACGACACCACCUUCAAAAACGUGGAGCGCGUCGCUACUUGUCACCACACAACGAGGCCGUUUGAAGCGGGCCGGGCGCUUGCACCUCCCCUGACCCCGGCGAAGAUCGCCUGGCAUCCACACACCCCGCUGGUAUUACUUGCAUCUCUGCCAUUCCACUCAUUCGUCCUCGCUCCCAUCCUCGUCCCUCAUGCCCUCUUCCCGCCCGUCGUACGGUUGCAUGGCAUGGCGGCUGCCAGUCAGGAACCUAGGGCCCUAAUGAGAUGCAUUGGUGGCCGUUUCUUUGCCGCCGGGGUGGGAGGAGGUAAGCGAUUUGAUCUCGUAUUUCAUUGGUUUCGUUUGGGCUUUUACUUGCUUGAAAUUCUGGUUCGAUAUUUCCACUCUUCUGGGGAACGAAGCAUAAUCACCAACACCAACAACCAACAACCGAACAUCAUCGAAUACAUUGACAUCCGCCCUAUUCUACUCCACAUUAUCACACCUAACCAAUUCACGCAAUUAUAUAUAACCAAUAUGCGUUGCUCAACACUGUUGGUGCCGGCUCUAGCAUCCCUUGCCCUUGCUGCGCCAACCUACCCCACGCUUAACCUCCAGGCCGCGUUGCCGGGUAGCAUCGAGCAAAUCUCCGAGUACUUCAACAUGCUGGCGACCAAGGUUCAGGCCACCAAGUAUCUGUCAACCGCACCAGUCUGCGACCUCUCCACGGCUAAGCUACCUGAAGCCGCAACCCAGACUCUCGGCAAGCCUAGAGACGGCCUCACUCUCAUGCACAUCGCCAUCGGCCGUGGCACCCAGAACUACACCUGCGACACCAGCAACUCGACAGCCGUCCCCGUCGCCACCGGCGCCGUCGCGACCCUCUUCAACGCCAGCUGCGUCGGCUCCCUGUACCCGGACCUGCUCGACAAGCUGCCCGUCGUAGCCAUGGACUUCAACCUCACCGAGGAGGAGACGAACCGCCGCCUGGGGCCGAGCAACCUCGCCAUUUCGGGCCACCACCUCUUCACCGGAAAGGGCGUCCCGCUCUUCAUGCUCGAGAACGACGGCGCGUCUGUCGGCGACUCGUACUGCGCAAAAAACGCGUCCAUGCCCGCGCCCCUCACGGCUCAGUCCGGCCAGCACGGCGAGGCGGCAGUUCCCUGGCUCCGGCUGCGUACCGUCGAGCCCAGCACCGGAGACGUCCAGGAGGUGUACAGGAUACACACCGUCGGCGGCAGCGCGCCGGCUUCGUGCCAGGGCCAGGCUGCUAAUAUUGAAGUCCAGUACGCUACACAAUAUUGGUUCUUUUCUGGGCCCGCCCAAUGA